AUGUCACCGCCAACGCCCUCCGCGGGGGUAAUCCGUUCCCUACGACACUUCAUAUCCCGCCCAUAUUGCCUCUCUUCACCCCUGUCCACCUCCUCCAAGCGCACCUUUUCCCUCCUCCACCGACCACCACACACCACACCUCCCUUACGCCGUAAACUGACAUCCGUCCAAUAUAUAUGUACACCAUCGUCCCUCUCUUCACCAUCGCGGAAAUUCUCUAGCACUCUCUACCACAAUGCCACGUUGAACCAAGUCCGUCGGGGUUGUCGGAAGGGCAAGCGUGCGCGGAAAACCACCUCGCCCGCGCUUGUAGGCCGGCCGCAGAUGAAAGGCGUGUGUCUGAAGACGGGAAUCACGAAGCCGAAGAAGCCUAAUUCUGGAGAGCGCAAAACGGCGAGAAUCCGGUUGACUAAUGGCGCGGUUGUUACGGGGUACAUCCCAGGCGAAGGAUUGUCCUGGUGUGCGGUACCAUCUUGUCCGUGGAGCGUUGGAUUUGUCUGGCGUUGGCAACCGUAUCACCAGCCGCUCGAAGUACGGGACGAAGAAGCCGAAGAGUGCUUAAUGCAGUUCGGGUAG